GCAAGCAAGCCGAGCCUUCGCAGCAGUGGCUGUUACGCCAAUACAGACUGCCUGGCUGCAUGCAUCACUCUCGCAGCAUCAUCACGCAGCCUUGAUAGGCGCGCUUGCAAAUUUUGGUGGCGCCUCGUGAUAAAUUGGCUGCGUUGUGCUGCACACAAGCCUCAUACCCAUGGCGGACACCUCAAGCCUGAGCCCGCAAUACCUGAAACAGCUCCGAGAAGAACGAGAGGCGCGCCUGGCGGCGAAGAAGGGAGCCUCGGCACCGGCGCCUGCACCGCCGCAGCGCCCGCCCGCGCCGCCGAAACGCGACGACAUCGUCGAGAUCGAAUCUAGCGACGACGAAGUACAGAUCAUCGCCUCGGCGCCGAAGCGCAAGCGCGCCGACGACGAUGAUGAGGUCCAGUUCCUCCCGUCGCCGCCGAAACGCGGGUCGACCGGCGGCACGUUCUCCUGCAUCAUCUGCAUGGACGACGUCGAGCGGUCGCAGCGCCUGAAGCUGCGGAACUGCGGCCACGCGUUCUGCGGCGAGUGCGUCGCGGGCACGCUGAAGGCGGCCCUCGACGACAAGAAGGUUGACGACCGGCUCCGCUGCCCGGACACAACGUGCCGCAAACCGCUAGACGUGUUGGAUGUAAGAGCCUGCACCUACGACCGCGGCGACAAGGCGACGUGGGCCAAGUACCAGGAGGUCGCCACGGAGGCGCUGCUCGACCAGGCAAAUGCAGAUGAAGGCAACGAGAAGGGCCUGCGCCGCUGCCCGGGCGACAAGUGCAACCACACGUUCUACUACGAGCCGCACGCCACCAGUGGAACGCUCCACAUCUGCCAGAAGUGCCACGGUGCAUUUUGUCUGGGCUGUCCCCUCGUGGGGGGCAAGGUCGGCCCGGCGCACGACGGCAAUUGCGCCUACGUCAUGCAGCAGGAGGCGGCGCGGAAGGCGCACCAGGAGAAGUACGACAAGUGGUCGAUCGAGAACGCGCAAGCCGACGAGAAAUUCAACGAAAUGAUGCGCAAGGAGCGCCAAAAGGGCGCUACAAAACCGUGCCCCAAGUGCAAGCAGGCGAUCACGAAGAACCACGGCUGCGACCACAUGACGUGUGUCCGGCGUCCGAUUUUGUGUUCUCGGGCGCGUCGCGGCGACGGCGACGGCGUCGUCACGCGACCGCGCGCAGGUGUCCCUGCGGCCACGAGUUCUACUGGUCGACGGGGAAGCCCUACCGCACGGGCCUGGGCGGCAUGUUCGGGGGCUGGGGCGGCGGCGGUGGCGCGGACUACUGACUCGCGAGUAAAGUGUAUGUGUCACAUGGAAUACUUAGUUAGCACAGCGCGACCGCCCUUCGUGGCGCGCGCU